AUAAAAAUGAUGCAUCAUAUUUGGUCGGAAGCAUUAAUAGGAGGUAGGGAUACAAAAUUGUACAAAUAUUGGGGUCGACACCCUGGGACUGAGGGGCAUGGCAAAAUGGGUAAUUUUGCUAAUUUGCUUUCAACGGCCUUCUCUGGAACUCAGCGAUGGUUGUCAACUAUAUUUUGUUGGAAUCAUCCCUUCAUGGUGGGGAAAACAUUAUUUUUACACUACGCAUUGAAGAGAAAGUACCGUUCUGAGUAGAAAUUACUAAAAGUGAUAUAUUUACAUGUGAAAGAUAUGACAUUUUGUACAUUUUGUCAUAAAGGCCUACAACUGAUCAAACUUCUCGGGACCUAGUUUCUCAGCCACAGCUUGGAAACAACUGAGAUCUCCAUCCUAUUACCAUAUACACAAUUGUUGAGUGUAAAGAGACGGACGCACUUAUGCUUCCACCCUUGUAGACUUAACCCCUGGUCAUAACUUUGAAACGAUUGAGAUCCGCACCCCAAAACUAUAAAUACAAAUGCUUGGCAUAAAGAGACGAAUGCAGUCAUGAUAUUAGAAUUGACCCAUGGGUCUUGUCAAACUCCUAGGGACCUGGUCUUGUUUCUGAUCUACAGCUUGGAAACAGUUGAGAUCCCCAUCCCAUAACCAUACAUAAACUUGCAGGGAAUGAACAAUUCAGAUAUGCUAAAAGGAUUGGCCUUGGGGUCUUGCCAUGAUUCUUUAAAAAUCCAGGGGAGGGAUACAGGCCCUCUGGGCCUCUUGUACUAAUAGUAUGUGAAUUCUGUUUUACACGAUAAUUUACCGGAAAAAGGUACGGAAAGUCCGGCUUCCGAAAUUAAGUGUGCACAAUCAUACGCACACGUAAUCAACAUUAGCAUCUGUUUACAAUUGUGUUUAUUGCUAAUGUAUUUGUUAGGAGCUCUAAAUCAACUUUUCUAAAGUCACGUUGUUCCAUUCUGAAUGGCUUGGACUACGUAUAUUCUCCAUACGGUGCUCUGUGCCUUCUUCAGCCUUUCACAUGUUGUGGAAAUGUCAGAACUAGUUUCUCUAAACGGACAAACAGUCGAAAGCAGUAAUUACCACUCACCAAGGUAUGCUGUGGAUGGGGAUUUAAAUUCAUGUGCGUACCAGGCUCGUGAACAACCUGAGGUGUAUUUGAGGGUAAACCUACAGAGACAAGUCAACAUAGAAAAGGUCGAAAUACAUGACGGAGAAGAACUUCCUUUCAGUGACCUAUUUGGAAAUCGAUUCUCUGGUUUCGAGGUGUACCUUUCGAAUUCCACCCAGAGACGAAGAGAAGACCAAUGUUCCAAGGACCAAUCAGCGAACGUGAACCAAUUUCAAAGUUUUGUAAGUCUCAAAGAGUGUAAAGGAACUGCACAAUAUGUGAUUAUAUACAACCACCGGGAAACGCUUGGUUUACUUGACUUGCUUGAGGACAACGUACUCCAAAAGCUGUGUGAAGUGAAGGUGUAUGGAUGUGACGAGGGCACAUAUGGAUAUGGAAAUUGUGACGAAACAUGUUCCUCGAAUUGUCCCGGCAGUCUCUGUCAUCCAAAUUCAGGAGUUUGUCUGUAUGAGCAGGACAAAGCAAGAAUGACCAAGGUGCCUAUUACUACCCCAGUGCUCGCCGGUGUGGCUGGACUCUUAGCAAUUCUGUUGAUGGUUUCUGUCAUCAUUAUUUUCAAAAUGAGAAUAAAACGAACAGCGCCUUCCGGAGAUGAAAACCAUCAAGAGAAUACGUAUGACGACCUCAACACAAUGGCAUUACAGCCACAGAACACCUAUGAUGAUUUGAGGAAUGCCAGUAGCAGUCAGGGAAGCAAGUAGCACUGCCUUUUUGAUAGUCUACAGUGACUUGUAUGAUAUUGCUUGUUUAGUAGUCGUAACACAGACUGACGUGAUUUGUGUGAUAUUACUUGUUUAAUAGUCUACACACAAACUAACAUGACUUGUAUGAUAUUGCUUGUUUAAUAGUCUACAGUGACUUGUAUGAUAUUUCUUGCGUAAUAUUCUUAACACAGACUGACGUGACUUGUAUUUUAUUGUUUGUUUAAUAUUCUAGGAGUGUACAGCGAAUUGGAUUAUUUUCUUUGUUUAAUAGUAAAAAGCUAAUUGUAUGAUAUUGCUUGUUUAAUAGUUUACAAACAAACUGACGUAACUUGUAUUAUAUCGUUUGUUUAAUAAUUCAGGAGUGUACAGCGAAUUGUAUUAUUUUCCUUGUUUAAGAGUUUUAUGAUAUUGUUCUUUUAGUAGUCUACACACAGACUGACAGGACUUGUUUGAUAGUGCUUGUUUAAGUCUACACACAGACUGACGUGACUUUGGUGAUAUUGCUUGUUUAAUAAGCUGCACUCAGACAACUGACUUGUAGGAUAUUGCUUGUUUAAUAAUCUACACACAGACUGACGUGACUUGUAGGAUAUUGUUUGUUUUAGUUUACAUACAGACUGACGUAACUUGUAUGCAAUUGUUUGUUUAGUAGUCUAAACACAGACUGACGUGACUUGUAGGAUAUUGCUUGUUCUACACAAAGACUGACGUGACUUGUAUGUUAUUUUUUAUUUAGUAAUCUACACACAGACUGACGUGACAUGUUUGAUAUUGUUUGUUUAAGAAUUUUCACUCAGACAAAUGACUUGUAUAAUAUGGCUUGUUAAUAUCUUAUAUACAGACUCACUUGACUUGUAAGAAAUUGUUUGUUGAAUAGUCUACACAAAGAAUGAGACUGCGAUGACUUGUAUAAAAUUGCUUGUUAAAUAGUCUACACUCAGACUGACGUGACAUGUAUGUUUUGCUUGUUUAAUAGUCUCCACACAGACUGACGAGACAUGCAUGAUUUGCUUGUUUAAUAAUCUACACACAGAGUGACGUGAUUUGUAUGAUAUUUCUUGUUUAGUAGUCUACACACAGACUGACGUGACUUGUAUGGUAUUGCUUGUUUAAUAGUCUACACACAGACUGACUUGACUUGUAUGGUAUUGCUUGUUUAAUAGUCUCCACACAGACUGAAGUGACUUGCAUGAUUUGCUUGUUUAAUAAUCUACACACAGAGUGACGUGAUUUGUAUGAUAUUUCUUGUUUAUUAGUCUACACACAGACAGACGUGACUUGUAUGGUAUUACUUGUUUAAUAGUCUACACUCAGACUGACGUGAUUUGUAUGGUAUGGCUUGUUUAAUAGUCUCCACACAGACUGACGUGACAUGCAUGAUUUGCUUGUUUAAUAAUCUACACACAGAGUGACGUGAUUUGUAUGAUAUUACUUGUUUAAUAGUCUACACUCAGACUGACGUGAUUUGUAUGGUAUGGCUUGUUAAUAGUCUACACACAGACUCACGUGACUUGUGUGAUACUGCUUGUUUAAUAGUCUACACACAGACUGACGCGACAUGUAUGAUUUGCUUGUUUUAUAGUCUACACACAGACUGACGAGUGAUGUCGAUCAGUGUCUGUUUUAACAGUAUUUCCAAUAUGUGUAUAUGUGUUUUUGUACAGUUUGUAUAUAAGUUGAGUAUAAACAUCACUUCAUUUCUAGUUCAGAAUUGAUCACGAAAAUAAGCCCCUUGAUAGUAAAUCUGCAUUUAUGUUUUUUUGAGCUUUAGUUUUUAAGAAAGGUCUUUUCUCGCUUUGUUGCAAUGGUAAAGUGAAACCGAGCCUAUCCAUCCACACUAUUUGACAUAUCCUGUGGAAUGUAAAUUCAUCUUAUAAAUGCUUUUAUUUUCUAUAUUUGGGAAUCAUUUAAAACCGUCUCGAUAAUAUAUCGGCGACUAUUAAAACAUAUCCAUGCUCACAUUUGUACAAGAUGUUGAAACUUAAAUACAGAUAUUAAUUGUAUUACACAACCACAGCUGCGUAAGCAGGUAUAGAAUAGGAAUAUGUAUCCACAAUACAGAGAUCGGGAAAUAUAACUUUAGUACUGUAUCAUUUACAUUCGAAAUGUUUUUACUUUCCUUUAGCAUCGUAAGUCUUCAAAAAUGUUUUCUAAAACAAUUGAAACUAGAUCAAAAUGAACUGGUUUACACAAUUUUUAUUAUUUUUCGGUGAAUUUGAAGUACAUUCGUUUAUUGCUUGAGUGUAUGUGUAGAAAUUCCAUGUCAAAGAAAUUAAAUGCAAAAGAAUAUAUUGUAUACAUUUUACAUUUACUUGCUUACACUGUAACUCGUUGUUAUUGGGAAUCUUAUGUUCUGUAUGUGACACUAUUUUCUUUGGGACCAUUUAUCCUCAUUCAUCAUAUUCCAUUAUAUCAUAUUUUGCUAUAGAUCACGUUUUUUUUUAUGUAACAUUCAAUGCCCAAACCGACAAUAUCUUGUCGACUUUUUCCUAAGAAUUGCUUGUCAAUGUAAUAUAAUUUUGAGAUGAAGUAUUAAUAGUGCAUGCAUUUGGAGAUAAAAAUAUCUUAUUAAUAAAGUAUUUUAAUAUCAUGUUUCUGUAUUGGACUUGUAUCGUUUUGUUGUUUCCUUUAACUCUACAUUCACAAAAAGAUUAUGUUUAUUGUUUCUACAUGUCAGUUGUUAUAGAAGAAACAA